CUUAGCAGGCAUAUAUUAGUUAUAUAGCAUAAUUUUAAUACAUUAACGAUCAAGUUCAACACGGAAUACUCGAGAGGUCGCGAGAGGGAUUUUGGAGCUUUUAAAUUCGCCCGCAAAUCUACUAUCUACAGUAUCGCCUAUUAUUCGGCGCGUUCGUGCUUUAUCCUUUACAUAUCGGGCUGAAUAUCCGAGCUAUUUACCAUAUUGAAGUUAGCUAAGGAUCUCAGCAUGCAAUGCCGUGACAUUUGCUCCAAAUGGCCGUCGAUCGGGCUGCUUAUCUUACGGAACCACGAGAAGAACACAGGCUAUUCUUUCUAUAUUUCGCUGAAAUUGCUCAUUUUUGCAUUCAAAGUGAAACCGGUGUACAUACGAUCAAGUUGUCGCAAGGAGGAAUGGAGAGACAGAUAUUGAAAAGGUUAUUAUCGGCAACACGGAAGCCUGUUGACCUGCUUAAAAUCGCACGACGAUUAUACCGAGUAUAUGUAAUUACAGUGGAAAAACUUUUCCCUAACCUCCGAACAUCGAUACGAUGGCGCGAUAAAUACCAUUUCUUUUUCCACGUAUACCAUUACCGAAAGAAAAAACGCAAAGGAUUAUGUUUCCUGCAUUGCCCGUCGUUUCAUCGAGAAUUAGCUUCGUUCCGCGCAACAAGUUCUACAACCGCCGCUGGUUGGUUCACUGACACGGGCGUCGACGCCGCGACGACGACGACGACGACGACGAGGAGCGGCGACGGUGCCGAGGUUGCGCGACCGAUCGCCACACAUUCGACGUCGGGACGCCAUCGUCGAAGGACGCAUGAAUAUGUAUACUGUCGCGGCAAUCACUGGCAAUCCGUAUGAACUUCACCGUCGAAGGGAUGAUUCUUACGAUCCUCCGUGUGAAACAGCAGCCGCGAUAUCGCUGUGAAAUUUGCGCUAAGUGGUGUCAGUGAACUUCGAGUCCUCACGCGCCGGUAGAUCUCCGCAGGAGAUCCUAUCGGAGUCCGGAACCGGCAUCGUCAAUCUGGCCAUAUCAGUGGAUAUCUUCGUUUUUACUUAUUCCCCUCACGAGGGUGAAACUUGUCCUGCCUCCUUGAGGAUCUCAUCUGUGUGAAUUCUUGCGGGUAAGACUUCAAUAUCUUUCGUUUCAUUUCAUUUCAUUUUCGC